UUCGAUGACAAACGGGCGGGCGUCGAGGUGCCUGUGCUGAAGGGGCGCAUGCCGGCCAGCGCGAUGGGCUGGCAUUGGGUCGGCGCGGAGCGGCUGUUUGCCGACAGAUUCACCAAGCUGGCCGCUCGACAGUUACUGGCCGACCGUCUGAGGACCAGAACAGUCAGUUUGACGUUCGACCAGAAUUUUCAG